UACCCCAGCGAGAGAGAGCAAGAGCCCUCCUUACGGUUAGAAACCUAAUACCGAUCUCUUCUUCUCCGAACUUUGACCCUAGGAUUUCCAUCAAUGGCCGGAAGAGGGAAGGCGAUCGGCUCCGGCUCCUCGAAGAAGGCGAUGUCGAGGAGCAGCAAGGCUGGACUCCAGUUCCCCGUCGGCAGGAUCGCCCGUUUCCUCAAGGCCGGCAAGUACGCCGAGCGCGUCGGCGCCGGCGCUCCAGUCUAUCUCGCCGCCGUUCUCGAGUACCUCGCUGCCGAGGUGCGGAUUCCGUUGUUUUGGUUUCUUCCAUCGAUCUGGUUCUGGGUCUUGGAGCUCGCUGGAAACGCGGCGAGAGACAAUAAGAAGACGAGGAUAGUCCCAAGGCACAUUCAAUUGGCGGUGAGGAACGAUGAGGAGCUCUCCAAGCUUCUGGGGACGGUCACUAUUGCCAAUGGUGGUGUGAUGCCGAACAUCCACAACCUGCUCCUCCCCAAGAAGACCGGUGGCUCCUCCAAGUCUGCCCCUGGAGAUGAUGACAACUAAAGUUGCCAAUUCAUUUCCCCCUCUUCCUUGUCUUCCUCUUGUAGACUACUGUGGAGGAUGUAAUAUCUUGAGAGAUUCUUCCACUUCUUUUCCCUUUUUCUUUUCUCUCUCUUUUUUCUUUAUUUUAUGUAAGUUGUAGUGUUUGUCAAUUGUUCAGAGAUUUUAAUUUAUGGAAUGGGAAAGAGAGAAUCUCUCUUCUAAACCUUUUUUUU